GGGUCUGGCAACCCUGCCCUACACAACAACAGCAGCAUCACAGAUCGUUACAAUCUCCUCAGCCAAAUACAAGUCUAGUUUCGUCGUCGCCAUUUAAUGCACCAACAACAACAACCUCACUCAAGCCUUGCCUAGAUAAUGAACAUUGACGCGCCACUGUGACGCAUCUCCAUAUAUUGCCACUGAUGCAGUCAAUGGGAGGAGGAAAGAAACGCAAGCUGCAUGUAGUAUAUAAAUAUUGGCAGACAACACCAAGGCCUAAUUAUCCUUCCCAUCAGAAGUGUUGUGUCUCCAGGAGACGCCCCACAUUGCAAAAAUACUCUUGCCGUAGUUAGGAAGAGAGAACCUUCAGAAAAGGUGUAUGAAUCAUUAAGAUGAAACCUCACGAGUGUCCAGAGUGUGGGAAAAGAUUUAGUCUUCAUGGAAAUAUGAAGACUCACCUGUUGGUGCAUACAGGUGUUAAACCUCACAAAUGCCAAGAGUGUGGUAAAAGCUUCACUCAACUUGGACACUUGAAGAGUCAUAUGAUGGUUCAUACAGAUGAUAAAUUGCAUAAGUGUUCAGAAUGUGGGAAAAAAUUCUGUCAACUUGGAUCUUUGAAAACUCAUAUGAUGGUGCACACAGGUGACAAGCCCCAUCAAUGUACAGUGUGUGGGAAAAACUUCAGCCGACUUGGAUCUAUGAAGACUCACAUGUUGGUGCAUACGGGUGAUAAGCCUCACAAAUGUUCAGAGUGUGGGAAGAAUUUCAGACGUCUUGAUAAUAUGAAGGCUCACAUGUUAGUGCAUACGGGUGAUAAACCUCACGUGUGUCCAGAUUGUGGGAAAAGUUUUAGACAUUUGGGAAAUUUGAAGACUCACAUGUUGGUGCAUACGGGUGAUAAAACUCACAUGUGUCCUGAGUGUGGGAAAAGCUUCGGCCGUCUUGGUUCUAUGAAAGCUCACAUGUUGGUGCAUAAGGGUGGUAAAUCUCAUAAAUGUCCACAGUGUGGGAAAAACUUCAGUCGUCUUGGUAAUAUGAAGACUCACAUGUUAGUUCAUACUGGUGAUAAAUUGCACGAAUGUCCAGAAUGUGGGAAAAGAUUCAGCCAGCUUCAGAAUAUAAAGAGGCAUAUGUUAGUCCAUACUGGUGCUAAAAUGCACGAAUGUGCCGUGUGUGGAAAAAAAUUUAAGCACCGUAAAAAUAUAAUACGUCACAUAUUACUGCAUCCUGGUGACUAACCUCACUAAGAUUAGUGAGAAAAAAAUCUUAGUAACCAAGUUAAAUUUAAAGUGUCAUUCAGUUAAGUUGUCCAACUAUUUCAGAUACAUACUGGGACAUUAACUUCAGACUUGUUCAAUAUUCUAUUAGGAAACUGAGCUUCAUAUUUAGAAUACCAUGCUAUUACUGUGUCAGCUGGGCAUCCUACAAAGGGUUAAGGAAAUUGUGAGUUCUUAUAUAAAAAUUCUGCUAAUAUAACCUUUUCACAUGGAUGUCCUACAUUUUAUUUCUGUGUGUGUGUGUGUGUGUUUGUGUGUGUGUGUGUGUGUGUGUGUGUGUGUGUGAGAAAUAUACUUGAUCAUGUUAGGCAAAGCUUGGCAGAAAGUGGUAUUUAAGCUUCUCCAUUUUAGUCAAAUUUAUAUGAACCUCACCAAGGAAGCUGCUUGAAAGAAGAAGGACUUAAAAUAUUCAAUGUGUAAACAAAUAUCAUUACAAUAUCUUUAUUGUUACCUUGUUUACAAUAUCUUUGUUUAAGAAUAUUGUACACUCCUACUUCAGUACACACAAAUCACAAUAACGUGAUAUAUCAAAUGAACAAAUCCACAAGGGCCUUGAUGAGGGUUCGAACCUACACACAGGAUGUACCCAGAUGCGCUUUAGUCAACUGUACACCAACAUAGUCAAAAUAAUUGUAACCUAGAGUGCUACUGCCCUCACGAGGAUCCCAAAGCUUCUCCGAAGCCUAACCAGGUUUUCACACAUAUCUGGAAACAUCCUGUGCGAAGGUUCGAAUCCUCAUCUAGGCCCCUUGUGGAUUUGUUCAUUUGAUAUAUCACAUUAAUGUGAUUUCUGUUUGUAUUAAAGUAGGAGCGUAGUGGUAGAACAUCUGGUUGACAGUCCGGGUGCAUGGGGGAAUUGUGUGAAACCCUGGUUAGACUUCGGAGAAGCUUCGGGAUUCUUGUCAGGGCAGUAGCACUCCAGGUUGCAAUUCUUUUGACCAUGUCGUGGCACAGUUGACUAAAGCGCAUCUGGUAAAAUCCCGUGCAUAGGAUCAAACCCUCAUCAAGGCCCUUGUGGAUUUGUUCAUUUACUCUUGAAUUUUUAUUAGCUUGCAUCUGGGAAUUAUAUUGGUUUUAGUCAUUAAUUUCCACUUUAUUCUUGCAUUUCAUUUUGUCAGACUUUAGCAUUGAUAUUAGCUUAACUGCAGAGUUAGCAUUAUUUUGUGAGCAUUUCAUUUGUGGUGGUUAAUCUAGGCUAGGCAUAGUUUCUGCAAUUAUUAAUUUACUUAUUUAUAACUUACUUGAGAGAGUGACAUUAAUUAAAAUGGUAAUAAUUUUUAUCCACAGGUCUAAGUUUAAAUACUGUAUUGUUUAUUUAGUAUGAUUAGUAUAGAACUCUUUGUUGCCAGAUAUACAAGGCAUUUAUAUUAAUUUGACUGGUAGUUUAAUUUAUUGUUUUGAUGGAUGUGAACAAUGUGGAGUUAUAGUUCAUUAAUUAUUUGGUAUUUAUUUAUAUACAUUAUAUUUAGAAUAAGGAGUAACAAUUUACUCUUAGGCACUAUCCCCUGUUUAUUUUUAUAUAGAAUGUAACUGAUAGUUCUCAUUACGUGCAAGGUAAAAUGUAACUUCAAUCACAGUAACUAGUAUUAUUAUAUAUCUUUCUGGACAGAUAGCUCUACAUAUAAAGUUACUGUUCAUUCACAGUAACUAGUAUUAUAAUAUAUCUUACUGGACAGAUAUCUCUAUAUAUAAUGUUACUGUUCACUCACAAUAACUAGAAUUAUUAUAGAACUUACUGGACAGUUAUAUCUACAUAUAAUGUUGCUGUUCACUCAUUGACACUAUAAAUGUUAUUGUAUUUUAAUUAAUACAGAAAUGUUUUUAA